UAAACAAUACUAAACAACAAACACGCAUACACUCUCUUUCUCCCUAUCUUCUCCGAGAAACCAGAGAGUUUUUCCAUCCUCAGGAAACCGAAACGAAGAGAAGCGAAAGCAAAAGCCAUUAUGGUGUGUUUCAGAGCAAACCCAUCAUUUUUUCUUCUUUCUUUCUCUGCCUUCCUUUUCAUAUCUUCAGCCUUUGGAAACUCUCUGCUCCACCACACUCGACGUAGCCCGGAGGUUUUUGUUGGGAGAGAAUAUGGUGGGGUGGUGCAAUGGGACACGAGGAGGUCUCUUGCAGAGGGAAGCGCAGGGAACUCGUCUCUGAUAUUGGCUGAGACGAGAACGUACAGGAAGGACCCUCUAGAUAAUUUUAAGCGCUACAGUGGUGGCUGGAAUAUCAGCAACCAACAUUACUGGGCUUCUGUGGGUCUUACCGCGGCGCCAUUCUUUAUCAUUGCUGGCAUUUGGUUUGUGCUUUUUGGGCUAACCUUGUGCAUCGUCUGUCUCCGCUAUUGCUGUUGUCCAAGAGCGCCUUUCGGCUAUUCUCGAGCUUGCUAUGCUCUCUCCCUUAUUUUGCUCAUCUUCUUCACCCUUUCAGCAAUUGCUGGAUGCAUAGUUCUGUACACUGGUCAGGGGAAUUUCCACAGCAGUACAACCAGCACACUUGAGUAUGUUGUGAAUCAGGCAGAUACCAUCGUUGAAAACCUCAGGAAUGUGUCAGGUUAUCUUGCUGCAGCUAAGGGGGUUGCAGUUGAUUCUAUCUUUCUGCCAUCGGAUGUCCGGAAGAACAUUGACAAUAUUGAGACAAAGAUCAACUCUUCUGCUUCCACUCUUUCUCAGACGACUACAGAUAAUUCAAAGAGUAUACAAGAUGGCCUGGAUGCUGUGAGACUGGCUCUUAUUAUUAUUGCGGCUAUUAUGCUCUUUCUGGCAUUUCUUGGAUUUUUAUUUUCCAUUCUUGGAUUGCAACCUCUGGUAUACUUCUUGGUGAUGAUUGGAUGGAUUCUUGUUGCUGGCACAUUCAUUUUAUGCGGCGUAUUUCUCCUCCUUCAUAAUGUGGUUGCAGAUACUUGUGUUGCAAUGGAUGAAUGGGUCCAGAACCCCACUGCACAUACAGCUUUAGAUGAUAUACUCCCAUGUGUGGACAAUGCAACUGCCCAAGAAACCCUUUCACAAUCCAAAAAUGUCACCUACCAGCUUGUCGUUGUAGUUGACCGCAUGAUCAUCAAUAUCUCUAAUGUUAAUUUUCCACCCAUCGCCGGACCCCUUUAUUUCAAUCAAUCUGGUCCAUUGAUGCCCGUUCUUUGCAACCCGUUUUAUUCUAAUCUCAAGGAUCGACAAUGUGCAACUGGUGAGGUGCACUUGAACAAUGCUACAGAGGUGUGGAAGAAUUAUGUCUGUCAAGUUUCAUCAUCUGGUAUUUGUACCACACCUGGCCGAUUGACCCCCACCUUCUACAACCAGAUGGCUGCUGCUGUUAAUGUGAGCUAUGGUUUGUAUCGUUAUGCUCCAUUCUUGGUUAAUCUGGAAGACUGCACUUUUGUACGGGACACGUUCACCGGCAUCAGUAACGACCAUUGUCCUGAUCUGCGAAGAUUUAGUGCAUGGAUCUAUGUUGGGUUAGUAGUGGUUUCUGCUGCUGUAAUGUUCUCAUUGAUCUUCUGGGUUAUUUAUGGAAGAGAGCGACGCCACCGUGUAUAUACCAAACGGUCUACAGCUAGAUCGUUGGAUAAUGAAAACAAGGCCAUAUAGAGAUCUUCUACUCUAAUUAUGCUUGUUUGGUGAAAGGGUUUUCUUGUAUAUUUGAGUGUUACUUUAAAAUUCAUGUACAUUAUGCUAGUGAUCCUUAGGUUUUGAUGAUAGUGGAGUGUAGGUGUUUAUCCCAUCAUGGCACUUUGUUGUGACUACAUAUUUAUAUUCCAUAGCUGCUUCAUGGAGACAUGGUCUUUUUGGGCCCGCUCAUUUAGCUUCAAGCUCAAGGAAAAUGUUUCUUUCGAGUUC